AUGAUAUCAACACUUUUUCAAGUCUCGUCCAUGAAUCUAAUUAUAUUACCCAUAAUUGGAUUGUUAACCUACAUUGCAAUAUUUUAUUAUCGUUAUUUUAAUCGAACCAAUCCGUUACCUGGUCCAAUACCCUUACCAAUUAUUGGUAAUGUACUACAAUACCCCGGAGAUGCUGGAAAAUGGGCUAAUCAAUUACAAUUAAUAUACGGCGAUAUAUUCGAAAUUUACUUGGGAACUACAAGAACCAUAUGUUUAUGUCGAGCGGAUCUAGUGGAAAAUUUGAUGAAGUCUAAUUUUUACUUGCGCACAACACCAAACGAUGGAUUGGAUGAUUUUGGUGUGUCCAAAAAAGGAAUCAUCUUUAAUAGGAAUCAUGAUGAUUGGUCGUAUCAUCGUCGGUUCUUGCAAAAAACAAUCAUGGCACCCCAGAUCGUCAAAGAAACUGUCGAAUCUACUCAGGUUUUAUUCCAAGAAAUGGAAGAAUUGUGGAAACGCUUAGGUGAUGAAAAGGAGAUAGAUUUCGCUGGAUGGAUUUCUCGAUUCGGUUUUGAGAAUAUAGUACUUUUGACCACCACGUUAAGGAUACACUCGCUUACAAAUUAUUAUAAUAAAGUAAAUCCACAAGAUAAAGUUGUUGAGCCCGAAGGAACCCUUCCAAACUCGGAAACUUAUAUCAAUUGCGCGAAAUCAUUCUUUGAUGGUGCCACGUUCUCCUUACUCACCCCAAAAAUAUUAAGAUAUUCUCCAGGCAUAAUAGGAACAACAAAGAACUUGUUGAAUCAGAAAAAUUGGCUGACCACAAACCUUUUGGGAAUUAUUAAAGCAAGAAGAGCUCAAAUCGAAAAUUCAACGGAAAAAAUAGAUACUCAUGAUAUUCUAACUCAAUUCUUGACCAUUAACACUGAUAAGGAUGUCACCCAAGGUAUUGUUGAUAAAAAUCAUCCAGGGAGGAUGAGUGAUGAUGACGUGAGAGCUAACAUGACGGAAAUUCUUGGAGGUGGAGCUGUCACAACUCCAAGCACAAUUUGUUUUAUUGUUCAUUAUUUGAGCAAAUAUCCCGACGUACAAAAACGUAUGGUACAAGAGUUGGAUAGUGUGUUGGGUAGUGAUCGUGAUAGUCAAUUCACUAUUGAUCAAUUAAAAAAGCUCGAAUAUACUGAGGCAGUUCUCAAAGAAGGUUUGUUAUAUAUUCAUUCGAUUUUUGAUUAUCGUUUAAUUUGA